GAAACAAAAAACGGGGAUCUUGAUGUUGAACAUGGGGGGCCCAGAGACUCUGGGAGAAGUCCACGAUUUCCUCCUUCGGCUGUUUCUCGACAGGGACCUCAUGACGCUUCCAGUCCAAAAUAAGCUUGGACCCUUCAUUGCGAAGCGGCGCACUCCGAAAAUCCAGGAACAAUACAGUCAAAUUGGGGGAGGAUCGCCUAUCAAGAAGUGGACGGAGACGCAAGGAGAGGCCAUGGUGAAACUGCUGGAUGAAAUGGCUCCUCACUCUGCUCCUCACAAGUACUAUAUCGGUUUCCGUUACGUCCACCCUCUGACAGAAGAAGCGAUUGAGCGGAUGGAGGAAGAGGGCAUCGAGAGGGCCAUUGCUUUCACCCAGUAUCCACAGUUCAGCUGCUCGACCACAGGCAGCAGUUUAAAUGCCAUCUACCGCCACUAUAACGCCAAAGGGACUAAGCCAAAGAUGAAGUGGAGCACGAUUGACCGGUGGCCAACGCAUCCCCUUCUCAUCCAGUGUUUUUCAGACCACAUCCAGAAGGAGCUGGACUUAUUCCCACCCGACAAGAGGAAAGAUGUCGUUAUACUUUUCUCGGCGCACUCCCUACCCUUGUCUGUAGUUAAUCGAGGCGAUCCCUACCCCCAAGAGGUGGGAGCUACUGUCCAGAGGGUCAUGGAGAAGCUCCGCUAUUCCAAUCCUUACAGACUCGUGUGGCAGUCCAAGGUGGGUCCCAUGCCCUGGCUUGGUCCUCAGACGGACGAGGCCAUCAAAGGACUCUGCCAAAGGGGAAAGAGGAACAUUUUGUUGGUUCCGAUAGCGUUUACCAGUGACCACAUCGAAACGCUCUACGAACUGGACAUCGAGUACUCGCAGAAGCUAGCCCAUGAGUGUGGUGUUGAAAACAUCAGGCGAGCAGAAUCUCUGAAUGGGAAUCCACUCUUUGCCAAGGCACUAGCAGACUUAGUCCAUUCCCAUCUGCAGUCGAAUGAAAUUUGUUCCAAGCAGUUCACCCUCAGCUGCCCGCUCUGUGUGAAUCCCAUCUGCCGAGAGACGAAAUCGUUCUUUACCAGUCAAGAGCAAUGACGUGCGCUUAUGGAGAGGACACCUUUGGGAUGAAGAAGCUCUGAGG